AUGGCAAGAGAUCAAGAAGGAAGAAUAACCACUGCUAAGACUGCUACUUUGCAGAAGAUAAUGAAAUUCAGAAUGGAACAGCAGCAGAUACAUGAUGAGCAUAUGAAGAAAAGGAGAGUGCAUAAUCAAGAGCUUGAGCCCAAGCCACCAGAUUCUGUUCAAUACCGAUCAAGAAAUCAUAAGAGGUUUAAAGAAGAAGAUGCAGGUCGUGGAGGACAACAUAUCAAGCCACCAGCCAGCACAUGGAGCAGACCACAUCAAUCUUCCCUCACUCCUAAAUCUAUUUACCAUUUUUCUGAAUAUAAAUCUGCUGAUGAUUUUCAACUCUAUUCUUUUUCAGGAAAAGGAAACUAUCUAGAAUGGGAAAGAACCAUGGACAAGUGGCUGAGUUACAACAGAAUCAUGAGGAGUGAAAGAUUAUCUUUUGCUAUUUCUCAACUCACCGGAAGAGCUUAUAAGUGGUGGUUGCAAGAAGAAGAUGAUCGCAUGUUCUACAAGGAACCAGCUAUCACCACUUGGGAAAGUCUGAAGUUGUUACUGAGGGAUAAGUAUGCAUCCAAAGGCCACACUUCUCUGAAAUCUACAAAGAAGAAAGUCAUAUCUACAACAGACUUUCGAAGUGAAAAUUCAGAAACCAAGAUGGCUGAUUAUGAGAAAGAAAUCAGCAGCCUUGUUAAGGAGCUUCUUAAGACCAUCAAGCCCUUAGACAAGCUGAAGAAGCUCCCAAAGAAUCAAGAACCAGUUACUACUGUCUCGGAACUCAAUGACGCAGAAUCAGACUCAGCUGCCCCAAUUCAAGAAGCUCAAACCGAAACAUCUUUGGUAAAAGGAAACUUUGAGAAAGGACAAGAGUUUUCUCUGUUCUUACCUCAGUCUGAACUUAAUUUUAACAAUUCUUUUGGUGAACUAACUUGUCUUGAACCGGUGCAACCGAGUAGAAUUAUUUCAGUGUCACAGGUUGCAAAAGAAGACUCAGCAGAGAAGGAACCGGAGCAGUCAACACAAGGAAAAGAGUUGGAACAGCAGAACAGCCUGCAAUCAGAAAUCAUUCCUGAAUCCUUGUCUUAUGACCUGCAAGAGCACUAUGGAGGAAUCACACUGUUUUGUGUUUUGGAGAUAUUCUUGUCUACAAUACUUUCUUUGACAUGAUAACCCACUUGACUUGUCCAAAAGAAGCUGAGAAAGGUACAGGUGAAAAGAGGGGCUAUAAGGAUCAGAGUACCAGUGAUGAGUCUUUGGCUAAGUUGGAGAUGCAACAAGAAAACUUUGAAAGCUGUCAAGCCGCCAGAUUUGACAUAGGAGCAGUCCGAGGAUCAUAUCUCAACAACCACAAGGAAUUAAUCAGCAAACUCGACUGCCAUGGAAACUUAACUCAUCAGGGUCUCACGUCGAAAUGGAAUCACGUCCAAAGCUUCUCAAAUGAAAGAGUUAUGGGUUCUACAAGGCGGGU